AAUAUUGUCAAAGUGAAAAACAUUGGCUUUGGUCCAUUCCACUGCCCUAGAUUCAUAGGCAAAGGCGUUGAACUGAACACUGCUACAAUUUUCACUGAAGUAUACACAAACUUAUACAUAUAUUUUAAUGAGCUGACUCUUUCAAGGCCAAGCUACUGUUCAGGAUAAACAAAUAUAGAUAUAGAUCCAAAAGAUAUCUCAGAUCAAACAUGAUGUGGAUGAUAUAAGUCUCUUGAAGGUCAAUGUAAAGACUGUCAAGAAAUAAACAUUCAGGUGUACUUGGAAGAACAUGAGAGAAACUGAUAAACAGAUCGCAACACACCAAUUAAAAUGUAUUUCCAAGAUAAAGGUGUUUCUAUUGGCAUUGAUAUGUGCUUAUAUCUCCAAAACAUUGUCUGGAUCUUUUCUAAAUUCCAUCCUUACUCAACUGGAAAGGCAAUUUAAUCUCUCAACAACUCUGGUUGGACUUAUUAAUGGAAGUUUUGAAAUAGGGAAUCUUUUGCUGAUAGUAUUUGUGAGUUACUUUGGAACAAAAAUGCAUAGACCUAUGUUGAUUGCUAUGGGGUGCAUGACUAUGGGCAUCGGAUGCUUUUUGCAGUCAUUACCUCAUUUCUUAAUGGAUCCAUAUGAAUAUGAGACUACAGUUUCAAAGACAUCUAACUCUUCAAGUAAUUUCCUGUGCAUAAGAAAGGAAACUCAGAUUAUCACACCAACAGAAGAUCCCUCAGACUGUACAAAUGAAGUCAAAUCAUCAAUGUGGCUAUAUGUAUUAGUAGGAAAUAUAAUACGUGGAAUUGGUGAAACUCCCAUCAAACCUUUGGGCAUUUCCUAUAUAGAAGAUUUUGCCCAAACUGAAAAUUCUCCUUUAUAUAUUGGGUGCUUAGAAACAGGAUCUAUUAUUGGUCCUUUGAUUGGCUUUUUGUUAGCAUCAUUCUGUGUGGAAAUGUAUGUAGACAUUGGAUCUGUGAAUACAGAUGACCUGAUCAUAACUCCUUCUGAUACUCGGUGGGUUGGCGCAUGGUGGCUCGGUUUGUUAGUAUGUGCAGGAGCAAAUGUGCUUUCUGGAGUUCCAUUUCUUUUCUUGCCUAAAUCUCUUCCAAAGGUAGUAUUAGAAACUAAUAAAAAUAUUAUAGAAGAAGAAGAGAGAAGUGAAAGCAAAACAGAAAAGAGGGACAUCAGUAUAGAUUUCUUCCCACUAAUGAAAAGUCUUUUUUGCAAUCGAAUUUAUGUAUUAUUCUUGGUCACGAGUAUAUUGCAGUUCAAUGCUUUUGUCAUUGUGUUCUCUUUCCUGGCUAAGUAUAUGGAACAGCAAUAUGGCAUAUCUGUCUCAGAGGCAAUCUUCCUAAUGGGCAUUUACAACUUGCCUCCAGUAUGCUUUGGAUAUUUAGCUGGUGGUUUCAUUAUGAAGAAAUUCAAGAUUAACAUGAAACAAGCUGCUUAUAUAGCAUUUGGUUUGUCUUUAUUGGACUACUUUUUGAACAUGUCAUGUUUUUCAAUAAUAUGUGAUAAUUCUCCAGUUGCUGGCCUAACUGUGUCAUAUGAAGGGACACAACAGAAUGAGUAUAUGGAAAGAAAUGUACUGACUGACUGCAAUAUUGACUGCAAUUGCCAAGAUAAAAUAUGGGACCCUGUGUGUGGAGAUAAUAAUUUGUCAUAUAUGUCAGCUUGUCUUGCUGGAUGUGAGACAUACUUUGGAACAGGAGUGAAUAUGGGCUUCCAAAACUGCAGUUGCAUCAAAUCUUCAAAAAAUGCUUCAGCCUUUCUUGGACUUUGCAGUAGUAGACCAGCCUGUUCUCUGAUGCUUCAGUACUUUCUAAUAUUGUCAGCAAUCAGUAGUUUCAUUUAUUCUUUAGCUGCAAUACCUGGAUACAUGGUCUUUCUAAGGAGCCUCAAGCCCAAAGAGAAAGCUCUUGGUGUGGGUCUACACAUGUUAUGUACAAGAAUACUCGCUGGAAUUCCAGCUCCCAUUUACUUUGGAGUUUUAAUAGAUUACACAUGUUUGCACUGGGGAACUUUGCAGUGUGGGAAGUCAGGAGCCUGCAGGAUCUAUGAUUCCACGAACUUCAGAACUAUGUAUCUUGGAUUGUCAACCAUCUUAAAAGGGGUGAGCUAUGUUCCAGCUUUACUCAUCGUAUUUAUUUUGAGGAAGCACUAUCAGCCAUCUGAAAGCAAUACUACAAUGAUGGAGGUGGUCGUUAAAAGGAAUGAAAAUGAAGACAAAGACAUAAACAAGCAAUUAGUAUAUUUGAAAGAUGAAGAAAUACUAACAAAAUUUUAAUAUUUAACUAGAUACUAUUUCCCAGAGUAGGAGACCACAAUGCACAAUUUAUUUACUAUCAAAAUUAAUCAUAAUUUUGUUCUCAUUUUGUGAUAAUACAUAGUAAUGUUUUUCUUUUCAAUGUGUUUUAUUUUUGCUUUUGUUUUUAAAUCACAGCCCUUUAUAAAAAUACAACCACCUGCCCACCUAGAAGUGGAACUCUCUCCUUUAUUAGCAACAUACUCAAAAAUUAAGCAAUUAUCAAAUCUGACAAACAUAUAUAACAUUUUACUCUGACAGUCCCUCUCCUCUCUAUUGAUAGGAGGAUAUGAUGUAUUAACUGUUCUCCAUGAUAACUAUUAAUUUUUCUUUUACUCAGAACUCAUCUCCUUUUCAGUAUUUUUUUUUUCAUUUACAUUAUGGUAGGCAUUGUGUAUAAUGUUUUUUUGCUUUCACUUAAUUCAUUCUGCAUUACUCAUUACAAAAUUUCAUAUAUUUCUCUGAAUUUCUCAUUUCUGACUGGAUAAUAAUUAAUUUCAUUCAAAUAAUAUAAUUCUUUCAACUAUUUCCAAAUGAUGAUCAUCCACUUUGUUCUAGUUCUUUGCUGCCUGUUAUUAAGUGCUAUGAAUAUUUUGGCAUAUUUUGGAGCUUUGUUUCGAUCUGACAAAAGAAAAUAUAAGGAACAAUCCCUGAUAUUUUUCUUCUCCCAAUCAAAAA